AUGGCGGCGAUAGUGGUACUGGCGGGAGCCGCCGGAGGCAGCAUCUACGAUGGCAACAGCCCGCUCGGAACGCCGCUCACUCUCUUCAUCGCCCAGCUGGUCAUCAUAUGCACCCUCGCCCGCGUCCUCACCAAGCUCUUCGCCUACAUCAAACAGCCGAGCGUGAUCGCUGAGGUGGUGACGGGCAUCGUGCUGGGGCCGUCCAUCAUGGGCCGCGUGCCAGGCUUCACGGACACCAUCUUCCCCGAGUCCUCCCUGCAGGUGUUCGGCGUGGUGUCCAACCUGGGCCUCAUCUUCUUCAUGUUCCUCAUCGGCAUGGAGGUCGAUCCGCAGCUGCUCACCUCCAACCUGCGCAGCUCCUUCGUCAUCAGCAUCAGCGCCAUGCUCGCGCCCUUCUUCCUCGGCCUCGCCGUCUCCACCUACAUCUACGAAGAAGUCCGGAUGGCGGAGAGUGCGACGUUCUUUUCGUUCCUCAUGUUCGUGGGCGUGGCGGUGUCGAUUACUGCGUUCCCGGUGCUGGCCCGCAUCCUGACCGACCAGAACCUCAUGCAAACCCGCGUGGGCCUCAUCGCCCUCUCCUCCGCCGCCGUCGACGACGUCGUGGCGUGGAUCAUGCUGGCCGUGGUGGUGUCGAUCGCACGAGCCGAGGGGCCGCUCACAGCGCUCUACACCUUCGGCGCGCUGGUGGCCUACCUCUUUUUCAUCGCCAUCUUCAUUCGCCCGAUUCUCGCCCUCAUCGCCAGGAGGGCGCAAAGCCGGGACGCGAUGAAGCACGAGGUGAUCGUGAUCAUUUUGGUGAUGGUCUUCGUGUCGGCGUGGAUCACGGAGGUUAUCGGCGUGCACGCCAUUUUCGGGGCCUUCCUCCUGGGCGUCGUCACGCCACGCGUGAACGGCUUCGCCAUUCGUCUCACCGAACGAAUCGAGGACGUGGUGAUCAUCAUUCUGCUGCCGCUCUAUUUCACCUACUCGGGACUGCGGACCAACCUGGAGAGCCUCGACUCGUGGCAGGGCGGUGUGAUGACGGUGCUGGUCAUCCUCGCGUCGAUCGUGGGCAAAGUCGGCGGUGCCACAAUCUCGGCGCGCAUCCUGAAUAACUCGUGGCGGGAAUCGUUGACGAUCGGCAUUCUGCUGAACACGAAGGGUCUGGUGGAGCUUAUCGUGCUCAACAUCGGCCUGGACGUGGGCAUCCUCACCAACGAAAUCUUCACCGGCUUCGUGCUCAUGGCCCUCUUCAACACCUUCAUCACCACCCCGCUGUGCUGGUUCGUGUGGACGCGCCACAUGACCAACGCCGCGCCCAUCGUGGGCAAGAAGGAGUAUCCGUCGAUUCUGGCGUGCAUUUCUGGGUCGCGGGCGGACGUGGUCAUUCUGCACGCGGCCGCGGCCUUCGCUCGCGCGCAGCAGAUGGCCACGGGCGUCAAGCCCCAGUUGAGCGGCGUCUCCUUCCAGGAGGUGUCGGAUCGGCCGUCGACCUAUUUCUUCACCGAAAACGCGCAGCUGAGCAGCCCCAUGAGCGGCGACGGCCUCGGCGAUGUCGGCGGGCCACUCAGCCCCCGCAGCGGCCUCGGAAGCCGCCACAGCGGCAUUGUCCUCGGGAGUGGCAGCAGCGGUAGCAGCACCGGCGGCGGCGCCUAUCGCAGAGUCGGCCAGACCGAUGACAAGGAGAAGGCGCCGCUGCGCGCGGGCGCCGGGUUCGACAAGGCCUCGAACGGGGGCCAGCUCUACUCGACCUUCCCCGACCUCACCGAGAAGGAGACCCGCCACGUGGAGCAGAGCGUCGACUUGGACGACGCGGCGACGAGGGCGCGGCACAUGGCGGCCAUGCUCGAUGUCGAGAUCAAUCUCACCACCCGCGCCACCACCAACGUGUCCAAGGACCUCGCGGCCUUUGCCAACUCGAGCGCGGCGAAUUUAGUGGUGGUGGGCUGGGCACGGCCCUUUGCGGCGCUCACGGCCGAAGGGCUGCAGACGACGGCGACCUACCUCCUGCGCCACGUCCACCCGCCCGUGGCCGUAGCCCUCACCAAGGGCGGCCCGCAGGCGCGGCUCAACGCGCGGCACGUGCUGCUCGUCUACGGCUUCAAGAAGCACGAGCGCGAGGCCCUCAAGCUGGCCCUCUCGAUGGCGGCCGACCCGGAGGCCCGCGUGGAGAUACUGGUCGCGCGCCAGCCGGGCGACGAGCCCCUCGAGGGUGCGACCCUGGACGGUGUCGACAACGGCUUCGGUGGAUCGAACGUGGGCGAGACUCCCAGUGGCGAUAGUGUCGACAGCUCGAACGACGGGUACGACGACAAUGUCGACACAACGACCGCGUCGCGGCGAAGGUGGUACGAGUACCUCGACGUGGUGGUGCUGUCGUCGCUCGUGUUCGACAUGGACGACGAGAAGGAGGAGACCUGGGACACGGUCGAGCAUACCAACGUCAGCGGCCACCUUAAGCCCGACGCCCACCAGCGGCUCGACCUGAGCAUCGGCCCUGGUGACGUCAUCACGCCGGCCGCGGUGGACAUCGAGGCGCUCGACGUGGCGGCCGGCGGGGCGAGCCUCGAGUCGCUCGUGCGGCUGGUCCAGGGCCUGCCCAACGUGCGCCUCGUACAGGCGGACCCCGACGACCUGUGGACCGCCGCGCUCAAGGAGGAGGCCAAGGACGAGCACCGCCUGCUGCUCGUGGGCCAGAGCCGCAAGCUCUUCCUCGACCACCACGACCACCAUCAGCAUCAGCAUCAGCACCAUCAGCGUAACGCGCCGACCACGUUCGAGGAGUUCGCGGACGCGGUCGCGGCGCCGCUGCUGGUGGUCUACCCGCCGCCGUCGGCCAAGUACCAGGAGAAGCACAAGCACAAGCGCAGGAGCCGACGCUUCUCCGUUCCCGUCGUGUAG